AUGGGUUUGGCGAUGGGCCUGCGUCUACGCCUCCGGGCCGUCUGGCGGGGUCUGAGAAGGGGUUUCCCCGGCACUCUCAGGCGACGCCGGCACCGAUCGUGUCCAACAUGCCAGGCGUCCAACCCGCCGCUGAUCGGUUCUCCGCUCACAGCUCCGCAGUCGCCACCCACCAGUGCGAGAGGAUACAAGUCACUGAACAACCCCGAAACGCCUACUAGCCCGAAGUUCCACCUCCCAGAAAGCAGGUCCAAGCAGAUCCGCGCGACGCUUACUCUGUUGGAGCCGAAGUUAGGCAAAGCGGCGGCUAUUCCCGCCAAGCUGCGCAAAAGGCCGCCUCAGCCUCCUCCGUUGACGCUACCGUUCUCGGACAACACUUCACCCCCGUCGAGUCCAACUUCAACGAGGGUGCCGUCGACACGACUCCCUGCCGCCUCGCCGUUCGCGCAGUGGCACGACAAGGCGGAGUCGAUGCUGGCUCUCGCCGUUACGCCUCGUCUCACCCCGAUAUCUGAAGUCUCCCACCUAUCACUCAAGCAGCUUCCGCUCAAGCGUUCGGCACCGGCACAGCAGCCUCGUCUGACAGAUUUGCCGGAUGACGCUCAGGCGGCACGCUCUCAGAAUGCCUGCGAGCAAGAUGAAGAAACGGUCUCCGCACGCGUCCGACGCUUAGUCCAGAUGGAGAGAAGGCACAGUAGCAACACUGAAGAGACUGCUCACCUUUUCCCGCCGAGCACUCCUUUCCCUCCGUCUCGUGCGUGGCACAGGACAAGCACUCGGUCUUCGUCUUCGGCUUCGGGGUCAGAGGACAGCCCGUUUUCGGACAUCUACAGCGAGAGCCGGCUAAGCGCCCGACACCAGCCGAACUGCGCAUCGCCCGACUUCACACCUUUCAACUACUGGGCAGUGUUUGCGCGCAUCGCGUCUCACACAGACUGGAGCACUGCGCUCGCGCUGCGCCAGACCUCCCGCGUCAUGCGAGAAAUGGUUGAACGCUCCCUCCCUCGCGAGCUCUGGAUACAUGGGACAGAGGACGCCGUCGAUGUCGGCUUCUUCGACGCUGUACCCGGCAACUCUGCACCCAUCGUUCGGCGGCGGCUCCCUUUCUUCGCUAGGGACGAGGAUGACGCGAAAGGGCGACAGGCUGGAGCUCUGUGGCGUGCGACCUCCGUCGAGAUCAGUGGUCUGUCUAGCAGAGUGUUGAACGGCCAUCUGCGUGGACUCAGCCCACGGGCAAGUGUCUUAAUUCGCCGACUACAGGGAACACGCCGGAACCCACUCCUCCUCCCUCAGAUCGAGAGCCUCAUCAUCGACUCCUUCCACAUGCGCUCCCUCCGCCUGCAUACGAGGCACGAGGCCCGCAAGCUGUACCUCGUCUGUCCCAAUCCCCGCUUUCGUGAACGUGCCGGCCGCCGAACUGCGCAGCUUCUGAACCCUAGCGUACGAUAUCUGUACAUCGAGAUCGGUGGUCGGCGGACUGCGCACGCAGUCGCCGUUCUCUUCGAUCGACUGAAGGAGACGCAGCUGUUCCCUCGCCUCGUCUACGAGAUGGGGCACAGGGGCGAGAUCAUUGAGUGGGAGAGAUUGCUUCGGGGAUCGCUGAAGUCAUGGUGGGCUGGGGCUGCUCAACAGCUGCGCCAGCUCUCAGUGUAG